AAUAUAUUAAACUCUUCAGUAGGGACAGCUGUAAUUGUGCAUUUCUGAAGAAUGAUUGGAUACCAUUUUCUGAAGCCUGUAAAAUUAGGUUGGGUUAGUAGUGCCUAGGAGCUUAAAAUGUCUGUGAUGUCCUUGCUGGAAGGUAGUAGCAGGUCAUUCUAGCACGAAGAGUGAAGUAGAGCACGUCUGAGCCAUGGGCUCGUUCUCCUUAUUUUGGUAAAGUUAAGUGACUUCAGAACCAGAAAAACCUGUUUUCUAUGACAAAGACCUGUCUGUUUGGCAAUUUUGUAACAGCUAAUGUUCAAAAUGCCUGCCAGGGUUUUGUAACUUAGAUUCAUAUUUCAGAUAAUGUGUGACUUUAACCAUUUUUGAUGUUUUUCCAAGACAGCGUUACUGUUUCCCAAAGCCAGGAAUUCCAUUUUUACAUAUUCUGAAGCAAGUGUACCCAAAUUUGGCGCCCCUCAGCUUUUCCCCCUAUUUUUUUUUCUUCUUUUUUACCCUCUAUUUUUCCUUCCGUUUUGAAAACUCACAGAAUGUAUUUAAUUUUGCCGUAGCAUUUUUGAGCAUAGAAAUAGGACUUGAAACACGUUUUUCAUGAUUGUUUCCCAAAAGUAUUCUGAGACCAAAAUGUCAUCUCUUAACAAUAACAGUUAUUAAGGAAUAAUUUCCUGAAAAUUGUCCAGCCAAGUCCCCUCAGCCUGGGGCAGUUCUUUGGUAUGGUGCUAUCAGUGACCCUGUCAUUGUGGCCGUAAAAAGACCUAGCAGAAGGCUGGCCUUGGUGAACCCUCCAGUUGUGAUGAAGCCUUGAGGAAUGUUUUGGCUUUUAAGCAACUUCAGUGUCUUGUUUUUCCCACUGCCUGUCACUAUAGUGGCUUUUCUUUCUUUCCAUCAAAGGGGUCCUUAAGUUUGUGCUUGAGCUGUCUGAUCAGACCAGUUUAAUUUCAGAUCCAGCUCUGCUGCUUGCUUCGGUUAACCUGCCCAGAGUGUUCCCAUUUGUAAAGGGAGGUGGGUGUUACUGCAUGAGUCACAGUUUUUAUCAUGACUAUUAGAAAUCAUGCACAUAAUGUGCCCAGCAUCUAGCUUAGUGAAGCCAGUGAAAUGGGAUAUCAAGAAAUAAUCCAUGCUCUGCAUUUUGAUUUUAAGCUGAGUCUACCAAAGAUAGUAUUCUGACUUUUUGGGAGUUUUUUCUAAGGAAGGUGAUAAGUCAUGGAAGUCAUCUUACACACUAAAGUAUUUCUGGCUCUUUGUACAAGCUUUUUGGAGAGCAACAGAAGGGAGAAUGCAUUGAUGUGAUUUGGAGUGAGGUGAAGAACAUGUGGCCUGUGUUUCCUAAAGGAACAUUCUCUCCUUUGAAACAAAACCAACCAACCAAACAGAAACAACCUCCUUUAUUCAUAAGAUCAUUUCCUUAAGCCUAGAGAGUAAAAAUGUGUAUCGUAGAAGCUGAAAAGCAAUUUAGUUAGGAAAGGCAUGCAAUGAAAUGGACUCCUCUCCAUUUGACAAGGAGCCUCCCUCCUCACAGAAGGUACUCUGUCUUGACACAGUAGUUGUGUGGUUGAAUUUCAACUUGGUUGAACCUAGGUUUGGCCAACUAAUCUGCUACUUUGAGCUCUUUUACUCUAGUCCAAUUUAUUUUAAAAAGAGAUUAGCUUCUUUCUGUUUUUAUUACAGGAAUUUUCAAGUGUACGCGAAGUAGUGGAAGCAGGUUUAUGAGCUCCCAUAGACCAUCACUCAGCUUCAACAAUUGUCAACAUGAUGUCUUUCCAUAUAUACUGCGUUUUUAGUGCAGGAGAUUUUUGCCACCUUCCCAAGAAAGUGGGAAGAUGCCGGGCCUCCUUCCCUCGGUGGUGGUACAAUGUCACUGACGGAUCCUGCCAGCAGUUUGUGUAUGGAGGCUGUGACAAGAAUGACAAUAAUUACAUGACCAAGGAGGAGUGUCUUGCUAAGUGUGCUGGUGUCACAGAGAACACCAUCGAUGAGCAGAUCAGGGAUAAAGCAGAUUCUUCCGUCCCAAGUGUUCCCAGAAGGCAGGAUUCUGAUGACCUCUCCGAUGAUAUUUUCAGCUAUGAAGAACACUGCAUUGCCAAGGCUGUCACUGGGCCUUGCCGCGCAGCCUUCCCGCGCUGGUACUUUAAUGCCGAGAAGAACUCUUGUGAUAACUUCAUCUACGGAGGAUGCCGGGGCAAUAAAAACAACUACCGCUCCAAGGAGGAGUGCAUGCAGCAAUGCUUCGGCAAGCAGUUGUAUCCUGCCCUGCCCUUCGGCAGUAAAGUGGUGGUCCUGGUGGGGCUGUUCGUGAUGGUCCUGAUCCUCUUGCUGGGAGCCUCUGUGGUCUGCCUGAUCAGGUUGGCGCGGAGGAACCAGGAGCGCACCCUCCGCACCGUCUGGAGCUCUGGGGAUGACAAGGAGCAGCUGGUGAAGAACUCUUACGUCCUGUGAACCCCCGUUGCCAAGGGGCUGCCCCCUUCCACCCCCUGUUGAUGAAGAGAAUCUGGAAAGGGAGGGGAGACGAGUGUUGAACGCAUGUGUGCUUUUUCAAAUAGAGUGAUUGAUUUGUAUUUGCGAGAUCAUUAGGGCUUUUGGUCUGUUUGUUCUUCCACAAGGUGAGAGGGCUGCUCCCUGGCCCCCCAGAUGGGUUUGCUUUAGAAGUCCUCUUAGUGAAGGGCUGUGCACAGUGCAGGUGGUCUGGCCUCCAUCCGAGUCGGUUCUUCUUCGAUUUCUUUCUUUGCUCCAGGUGUAGAUUUCUUUGCUUAUGUUGAAUCCUGUUGCCUCCUUUCCCAUCACAGAAGUGAUGUUUUCAGAGUUUGUUUGUUGUUGUAUUUUUUUAAGUAAGCAGAAACAUGUUUUUUUUUUAAUUAGGAUUCUGAAAGGAAGAAGGUAAAAUGUACAAGUUUAAUAAAAAGGGGCCUUUCCAUUUAAAAAAA